GUUGCGUCACUUGUCCUGGCAACUAAGGGCAGAUUCUUUCCAACCUCACACUCUACGCCUCAGCCCUCUUCCGCACCGCGGUGGGCGGUGGGCGCCGGUGGCGGAGGCGAUUGAAGCUGCUGGUCUAGCAUGUGGUGCGCGAGCCCAGCUGCCGUGGUGGCCUUUUGCGCCGGGCUUUGGGUCUCUCACCCGGUUCUGGCGCAGGGCCAGGAGACCUGGGGGCGGCCGGGGGCCGACUGUGAAGUAUGUAAAGAAUUCUUGAACCGAUUCUACAAGUCACUGAUAGACAGAGGAGUUAACUUUUCGCUGGACACUAUAGAGAAUGAAUUGAUCAGCUUUUGCUUGGCUACCAAAGGAAAAGAAAACCGCCUGUGCUAUUAUCUAGGAGCCACAAAAGAUGCAGCCACGAAGAUCCUAAGUGAAGUCACGCGCCCAAUGAGUGUGCAUAUGCCUGCAAUGAAGAUUUGUGAGAAGCUGAAGAAGUUGGACAGCCAGAUCUGUGAGCUGAAAUAUGAAAAAAAAGUGGACUUGGCAUCAGUUGACCUGAGGAAGAUGAGAGUGGCAGAACUGAAACAGAUCCUGCAGAGCUGGGGGGAGGAGUGCAGGGCCUGUGCGGAAAAAACCGACUACGUCAACCUGAUCCAAGAGCUUGCCCCCAAGUAUGCAGCAACACGCCCCAGAGCAGAGCUCUGAUUUCCAACACCAGCACAGUUGUAACUUGUAAUUAGAGAGAAAAAUGACUCUCUAGGAUAUGGACAUGUUGAUUAAGGGUAACAGAGGAAUGUAUAUUUGGCCUCAUGAUUUUUGUGUUGGUAUUAGUCCUCAGAAUUUUGUUGAAUUUUGUUAUGUGGGUUUAUGAGUAAAACUAAUACUACUAAUAACUUACAUUUGCAAUGUACCAAAACCUGAAAAUUCCUUUCUCAUACAUUUCUUGGAAGGACUAUGUCAGUUUUCAUUGCUUGUCUCCUAAAACUGGGAAAAGUGAACUACUGGCAAAUUGAUGAAGUAAAUGGAUUCCAAGAAAGAAGAAGGCAUUCAGAGACUCCUCUCUGGAUGCAGUUUUAAAGUAUAUUGGACUACAAUAAAAGACAAACAGUUAGCUUAUCUAAUGCCCAACUUCAAUCCCAAAUAAUAACUUUUACAUAAUCAAAAGUUUUUUUAAAGU